AUGCCUGUUACUGUUUUCCCCACGAACAACAGCCCCACCCUAUGGGAACACAGUUCUUCCGUCAAGACUGCCGAAGAAUUGUUGAAGAAAUCAUGUCCCGAGGAAGCGGAGCAAUGCACGAAGGUAUUAGAGUCGUCAUUAAACGACAUCGAGACUGGAUAUAGUUCUCCCGACAAGACUAUCGAAGAAUUGCUGAAUAUAUUAUGUCCUGAGGAAGCGGCGCAACGCACGAGAGGACGAGAAUCGUUAUUCAAUGACCUCGAGACUGGAUAUAUUGGCCCUUCUUGUAAUGGAUUUGUCCAUGCAGUCUGCGAAGCGUACAGUGGACAUCACCACCUGAAUAUCCGGCCUGACGACGUCUGGUUAUCAAUCCUGGUUCAGCUCAGCUUCUACUUCGAUAGAAAUGGCGACAAGUUUCGGUACAUGCUUGAAGUGCAUGAAGGAUGGCGAGAUGUCGGGGCCACGGAUUAUGCCACCAUGGAAGAAGCUGAGUUGGGAGGGCCAACUCCAACAAAAACGAAGGAAUCUGAAACCGAUGCCGAUGACGCAGAUCUACAAAAUUGGGAAAAUUGGGACAACGACGUAGAUCUAAGAAAAUGGAUCAGGCUAACCUUUACUACCACUUGGGCUGCCGACCAUGCAAUAGCUCUAGCAAUAGCGAGAGAGUUUGGAGAAUUUGACUCAGAUCGAAGAAAUUCGAUCAUGCCUGACAAAUUAGAAGUACGCCACCCUAGGAUGGAUACUCGGCAGCCGUACUUCAACUACGGCGUCUCAUAUGGUUACGGCCUUCCUUCUGUUACUCUUCUGGGCGAAAGAGAGGACUGGGAUAGACUUCGCGGUCGCCUAUGGGAGAUCGCAACCUCGCGCCGAGAGGAAGUCGAAAGGUUUGCGGACCAGCUCGAGACUGUUUUGGACAAUUUCGUCAAUUCUUUCGAUAAUCCAACUGGUUCCGAUGUUAUUAGGUUUUGGAACGAUAUCGUCUACGACAAAGAUGAGAGCCCUGGAACCCGCUACUUAUCCGGCUGGUUGUCAAAGUUCUGUUUUUGGUCUGAGGAGGGGGAGGAGAUUCGGGAUUAUUCCACAAGUGGACACCGGAUGAUCGAUACAAAGAGAAUCCCCAGAGGCUUUGCUUCUGUAGUCGAACAGAAGAACAACAAAGGGGAGACGCAAAGCGUCAGAAUGCUAGCUGGAUCUAUUGGACACCACAUCACCAGAAGCGGAGAUCUCUUAGAUCAGUCUGGUUCAUACAGGGUUGGGCCCCAACCUCAGACUGGGUUAGAUUCCGUACAGCCCGUGACUGGCUGGUGGAAGUGUGAACGUAGGGAGCUAAGCCCUGCUAUCGAGGAGUAG